CCUUUGAGCCCAACUUUCUUUCUUCCUCUAGCAGAGAACGUAUCUUUUUGAACUCGCCGGCCGACUUCAAUUCUCGAGGAUGAAAUCACGAAAUGCCUUUCUUGCCUGCCUCAGCCUGGCGCUGGGAGCAGCUUUUCUGGCUUUAACUUUGGCCGCGCCCGUCGAGAUUCCUAGGACUGCCUCGUACGACGGAGGAGCCAGCUUACCCACCAGCAACCUUGCCAAGGAUGCCCAACACGCCUCAAGCGUGUCUGAAGAACUCAUGAUAGCAGACGAGGAUGUGCUGUUAUCCCGAGCCGUCGUGGCAGACUUCGUUGGAAAGAGAGAGCAGCGCCAGUCGACUGAGACUCUUGUAGAGAGGUCUGAAGCCGAGGACACGCUUUCUUCUUGCGCCAAGAAGCAUAACGAAGAGUGUCAGCAAGACAUGAAGCAAGGUAAUGGCUUGAAGCCAAGCAAACAGAUUGCAGACGGGGUCGUCUUUCAGCGCCGAAUGGACCAAAAGGGGCAGAAGUACGAUCAUAAUCAGGGCUUCAAGCUCUCGCCUUACGCGGAAGAACGCCAUACGGGAACUGAGCUGACGCUCACGAAUGAUGGCCCGUCCGACGAGCUUUGGGAAGAACACAGAAAAUCUCUGCCACCUCCUCCUGGAUUCACCGGGUUGGAUGAAAAGGCUAAAAAGGCUGCGACCGUCUCUCCGGGACGUCAUCCACCUACUCGAAAUCAUCCUCAGCAGUCUUCACCCACUUUUCUCGCACCUCCUGAGCCCGUUCACAUGUCCGCACACAGCGUGCCCGUUUCAGAACUUCCGAGAUAUGGUGCUUCUGCCCCUCCUACGCCCGCCAAGUCUGACUACACAUCAUCUGAAUUUUGGCACCCCAGGCCUUCCCUUAUUGACUGUUCGAACCUUAUCCAGAACGUCAAGAAGCCCUUCAUAGGACUGGCGAACUGUAUUCAAGCUCCCGGCCUCUCGGGUAUCUCACAGGCUCAUGAAACCUCCCCAGAUGAUAGCGAUGGGAAUGUCUAG